AUGGCUCCGCAGGAUACCUUCUUCCGGUCGUCGGAGAUGAGCCUGACCCAGCUCUAUAUCGCCAACGAGAUUGGCCGCGAGGUCGUCAGCUCUCUCGGUGAAAUCGGGCAGGUUCAGUUCAGAGAUCUCAACCCCGACACCAACGCCUUCCAACGCACUUUUACCAAGGAGAUCCGCCGUCUUGAUAAUGUGGAACGCCAACUCCGCUACUUCCACACUCACAUGGAGAAGGCUGGUAUUCCCAUGCGACCCUCAAACGAUUUCUCGGAUACGCUUGCCGCCCCUCUGGCCUCGGAGAUUGAUGAGCUGGCCGAGCGUAGUGAAAGUCUUGAGCAGCGGAUUGCUUCGUUGAACGAUAGCUACGAGACGCUCAAGAAGCGUGAAGUCGAGCUCGCUGAAUGGCGCUGGGUUCUACGGGAAGCUGGUGGAUUUUUCGAUCGGGCUCAUACCCACACCGAAGAUAUCCGUCAGUCGUUCGACAACGACGAGGCGCCGCUUCUACGCGACGUUGAGCAGCACGGUCCUGCUGGCGCGAAUGGAGAUACCCAGGGUCAGCAGAGUUUCUCGGAAAUGAACAUUGGGUUCGUUUCUGGUGUCAUUCCUCGCGACCGAAUCGGUGCUUUCGAGCGUAUCCUCUGGCGAACACUGCGCGGCAACCUUUACAUGAACCAGUCCGAAAUCCCUGAUCCUAUCAUCGAUCCCACAAACAACGAGGAGAUCCACAAGAACGUGUUCGUGAUCUUCGCCCACGGCAAAAACAUCCUUGCUAAGAUUCGCAAAAUCUCCGAGUCCCUGGGCGCCUCCUUGUAUGGAGUGGAUGAGAACAGCGAAUUGCGACGGGAUCAGAUCCACGAGGUCAACACUCGCCUGGGAGAUGUGACCAAUGUGCUGCGAAACACCAAAAACACCCUGGAUGCGGAGCUGUCGCAGAUCGCCCGCUCCCUCGCAGCUUGGAUGAUCAUCGUCAAGAAGGAGAAGGCGGUUUACGAUACACUGAACAAGUUUUCGUAUGACCAGGCCCGCAAGACUCUGAUUGCUGAGGCAUGGUGCCCCACCAAUUCCCUUACACUGAUCAAGUCAACUCUGCAGGAUGUCAACGACCGCGCUGGCCUCUCUGUUCCGACCAUCGUCAAUCAAAUCCACACCAACAAGACUCCCCCAACUUAUGUCCGAACCAACAAGUUCACCGAGGCAUUUCAGACCAUUGUCAAUGCCUACGGUAUCCCGAAGUACUCGGAGGUCAACCCUGGCAUUUACACCGUUGUUACCUUCCCCUUCCUCUUUGCUGUCAUGUUUGGUGAUUUCGGUCACGGCUUUUUGAUGACCUUGACCGCGGCAACGCUGUGCUUCUUUGAAAAGAAGCUGCAGCGUGUCAAGCUUGACGAAAUUUCGUCCAUGUUCUUCUACGGACGUUACAUCAUGCUGCUCAUGGGUCUCUUCUCUAUGUACACCGGUUUCAUCUAUAACGAUAUCUUCUCUCGCCCUUUCACAUUCCUCUCCAGUCAAUGGUCAUGGCCGUCGGAUAUCACCGCGGGUGAGUCGGUCGAAGCCUCCUUGAAGGAUGGCUACCGCUUCCCCAUUGGUCUGGAUUGGAACUGGCACGAGGCCGAGAACUCCUUGCUCUUCUCGAACAGUAUGAAGAUGAAAAUGAGUGUCCUGCUCGGCUGGGCCCACAUGACUUUCGCCCUUUGCUUCCAAUAUGUCAACGCCCGCCACUUCAAGUCCAAGGUCGACAUCUGGGGUAACUUCGUUCCUGGCAUGCUCUUCUUUCAGUCCAUCUUUGGUUACCUUGCCAUCACCAUUCUCUAUAAGUGGACCAUCAACUGGCAAGAGACUGGUGAUGCUCCCCCCAGUCUGCUCAACAUGUUGAUUUUCAUGUUCCUGAGCCCUGGUACCGUCACUGAGCGACUUUACUCGGGACAGAGCGCUGUGCAGGUUAUUCUGCUUCUCAUUGCUGUCGUCCAAGUCCCUAUCAUGCUGCUCCUCAAGCCGUUCUGGCUCCGUCACGAGCACAACAAGGCUCGUGCCCUCGGCUACCGAGGACUUGGCGAGCAGUCCCGAGUCAGUGCCCUUGAAGAUGACGGUGAUGCGAACGGAGGCUUCCGCGAUAGCAUUGCUGGCGAUGGUGAUGGUGUCGCCAUGCUGGCACAGGACAUCGAUGACGAGGAGCAUGAAGAGUUUGAGUUUGGCGACGAGAUGAUUCACCAGGUCAUCCACACCAUUGAGUUUUGCCUGAACUGUAUCUCCCACACUGCAUCUUACCUUCGUCUCUGGGCCUUGUCUCUGGCUCACCAACAGCUGUCUAUUGUGCUUUGGACCAUGACCAUCGGUGGCGCCUUCGAGACCGAGAGCCCUGUCACCCGGGUCAUCAUGAUUAUUGUGACCUUCUACAUGUGGUUUGUCCUUUCGGUCAUCGUUCUGUGUGUCAUGGAAGGAACCAGUGCUAUGCUUCACUCUCUUCGUCUCCACUGGGUCGAAGCAAUGAGCAAGCAUUUCAUCGGCGAGGGUGUUCCGUUCUUGCCUUUCAGUUUCAAGACUCUUUUAGAAGAAGAUCCAGUCGAUUAG